AUGGCCGGAAGAAUGCUGAAGUGGUCCCUCGAGUUAUCCGAGUUCGACAUACAAUACGAAAGCAGGAAGGCACUAAAAGCUCAAGCAUUGGCAUACUUCGUAGCCGAGAUGACCUCGAUCGCCGACUCCCCGGCCCCCGCCGAGAAUAAGUGGACCAUCUACGUAGAUGGCGCCUCGAGCAGCUCGGGAAGCGGGGCCGGCAUUAUCUUGGAAAACGAUGAGGGACUCAUCAUCGAAGUAUCCUUGGUUCUGUCUUUCACCACGUCGAACAAUCAGGCCGAAUACGAAGCUUUCUUAGCCGGUCUACGACUCGCGGAAGAUAUGGGUGCUCGGGAGGUCAAGAUCUACACCGACUCCCAACUCGUCACCUCCCAAAUCAGCGGCGACUACCAAGCCAAAAACAACGUGCUCAUCGAAUACCUCACGCUCGUCAAGGAUAAGAUGAAUAAAUUCGCAAAGGCGGAAGUGAAGCAUAUCCCCCGAGAACACAACUCACGAGCCGACGUCUUAUCCAAACUCGCGAGCACGAGGAAGAAAGGCGGGAACAAGUCGGUGAUCCAAGAAAUCCUAUCAAAGCCGAGCAUAGACAAAAGCGCACAAACCCUACCAGUGCUUGCCAUCGGCGACGACCACUGCUGGAUGACACCGGUAUACAACUUCCUCACAAAGGACGAACUUCCGACCGACCCGAAAGAGGCUUCAGUAAUAAAAAGACGAGCCUGUUCGUACACCAUCGUCGAGAACAAACUAUACCGGCGAGGUUUCUCCAUUCCGCUCCUCAAAUGUGUCGACGCCUCACAAGCACUCGAAAUUCUUCAAGAGCUUCAAGAGGGGAUCAACGGUCAACACCUCGGCGGCCGAUCACUAGCGAGAAAAGCCCUCAGGGCCGGGUAUUACUGGCCGACCAUUCAACAAGACGCCAAGGAACACGUCCAGAAAUGCGAUAAAUGUCAGCGUCACGCCGACAUGCACCUAGCUCCCCCAAAUGAGCUUAAAUCUUUGUCAUCACCCUGGCCCUUCUCCACCUGGGGAAUGGACCUCCUCGGCCCAUUCCCGAAAGUUCCAAGAAUUCGUAGCCAAGCUCGGCACGAAACAACACUUCACCUCGGUCGAACACCCUCAAACAAACGGGCAAGCCGAAGCGGCUAA